UUUCCCCAAUUAUCACAGUUCUUCCUAUUUCCCCAAUUUCUUCUUAUCCUUCCUUGUCUUGUUUCCUCACAAACCCUCAACUCUCCGAUUCCCCAUGGAACCUGCUCUAGAAAUACCUUACCCUUCUGGUUUCUACGCUGCAACGACAACUGAAAAUGCCAAACAUUGCUUCAUGUACAACCCAAACCAUGAACAAGAAAUGAAUUUCAACGACUUUGUCUAUUUUAUUAGCGAGGAUGGAACUUUGACUGACAAGGUUGUUGAGUACGAUGUUAUCCGGAAAAUUGUCUCCAACCCUAAAGGUGAGCAACACCGGAAUGAUAAGAUGAUGAUGGUGAAUGAGGAUGGUGUGAUUUUUCCGGCGCACUUACCACAUAUCGCUGAUGUCGUUGGUAAGCCGGAUGUUCAAGCUACAAUUCGUGAGCUCGAAAAGGAAGAUUAUGUCGAGUAUGAGGGUACAACCAAAAUCAUUCCGAAGUUAUUGGUGGACAAGAUGGAUCCAAAACCAAAAAUCCCAACGGCUGGUCCUAUUUACUCCCUCGGGGUGGCUGGCUUUACUACCGAAUUCGGCAGCUACACCGAUGAUGUAGUUUUUUUUAAGGUGAGGGCUCCUUUCACGAGGAUUAACUACUCCGUUUUUAGGGACCAGUUCAUCGAAGACGACCUGACAAGCCGUUACCAAGCUGUGAGCCUUCAGCCGAAGCUGGAAGCUAACAAGGAAAAGCUGAAGAUUGGAUCUGCUGUUGUGCUUUGGAAUGGACGUAGGAUCACAAGACCUUCUUUUGUGGAGCACUUUAAACAAAUAGCUGCAACCCAUAACCCGAUCAUGAUGAUAGUAACAGAGGUUGGUGCAUCAUCCACCAACUGUGAAAGGAUCCUAGCAAAACUAGGAACAAAUUUGUCGUAUCGAUUUGAUGCUGGUGGUGGUAUGCUGGGUGGGACUGUUAUUUUCUGGAAUCCCUGAGUGAUGGAUUUAGUGAUGUUCUUAGCUGCUGAUGACGAGAAUGAUAAUCGUAUUAUGGGCACCUUCACUGCAUUUAAGGUAGAACUCCAUCAUUUGUUAAUAAGAGUCAUUAAUUAAUUAGAUAGUUGGACUAAACUUAUUUAUGUUCCAUCUUUUCAAGAUGAUGAAGUCUAGUGAGAAGAUCAACAUAAACUAAUGAAGCCGGGUGUUUGUGGUAAUCUAUGGAAAAUAAGCCCUCAUUAGGAGGGUAUGGAUAUUUGUGUAUUGGGAUUGUAGUAGAUCAUUGGCUUGUUGUAGUGACAAUUUGAUCAGUUUGCUUAUGUUGUUUAGACUUGGAUUGAGUAUUGUAUGCCUUGUUUUAAGUA